AUGCAUAAAUACCAGGGCUUGUUGGUUGUAAUUGAACAUCUAUUUUCAAAAAUUGACACAAACCAAAUUGAUUUCACACCUAUGCAACCAGUUUCAGGUUUGAUUGCUGAUUUUCAACUCAAGAUUAUUAUUGUUGCCUCAAAUGUUUUUAAACAUUUAGGAAAGCGCACAUAUUCAGAAUCUACAUUUGAUAUAGGGUCUGAUUAUGUUGAGACAACUAACAAUGGUUCUGCUGGUAUUACUAACAUGGUUUUUGUUUCAAAAUUUUGA